AUGGAAAUAUUAAGGAUCAUCAUUUUCACAAUUUUAUUAGUUUCUGUGACUGCAUACGUGCUAGCAAAUAAAAAUGCGAAAUACAAAACAUGGAAUAAAAACGAAUAUAUAAAAUACAACGGAAAGCACAAAAAUUACACUGAAAGCAACAAAUCAAGAGUUUAUAUAAAAGACACUAUAAUGAGACGAUCUCAUCAAACGGAUCCCUUACUACAUCUAUCAUUGACUGAAGGCACUUGGCAAUUAAUCUUUUUGAUAAUAAUAAGCAUGUUGAUAUUCUCAUAUUUGCCAAUUUAUCUCAAAAUGAGGACGAAAUUUUGGUCUGUUUUUGCAAACUGGUCUUUUGUUACUUUGGAGGAUUAUUUCUCCUUCUGUAGACCCCUAAUCGCAGCUGUGACUCGCAAUUCAAGGGACAAUAUGUAUCAAGAAGUGUAUCAAGCAUAUAAUCUGCCAGUGGGAUUCGUUUAA